UCAUCUUUUGGUUUCCCAGUAACAGCUUCAGUACUUCCCAGCACAAGUUCAUUUAAACAACUCCUAAGCCUGGUUCUGGUAUUAAGUCUUCAUUGUUUAGGCAAAGCCCAUACUUGCUGGUGUCCCAGCCUGUGAUUACUGAGUUUUACCUUGUCCUGGCAGAGGAUUCACCCAGUGCCCCUUGGAAUACCUGCAGGUGCUGCUUCUGUGCUAAUAAAGCUCCUGCUAACACAGGAUGGUGAUUUAAGUAUUCUGCAGUGCAGGUAAGGAGGAUUAAAUUCCAUUUUCAUUGGAACAAGUGCAAAACCAUUUAAAGAUGAUCAUCCAAAAGGCUUGUUCUGCACAUAUGUGUGAACAGGCUUUCCUGCCUGCUUGAUAGAGCAAGAGGCAACACAGCUCAGGAUUUGACUUCUCUGAUUCAGGGAAAUUUUUUGUAUCAGUAUUCUGACAGGCAGAGGGACACAUUUGAAAGGUGUGCCUGUGUCCUUCCUGCUCCAGGCUGUGUCAAAAAUUGCGUUUUGCUGAGACACACCAGCUUUACAAGUAACAUGCUUUGCUGAAAUCUUUUUAUUAGAAAUGUUUUGGCGAGUUCAAAUGCUUGCACAGUAGUUGAUUGGCUAAUUCUUUACCUCUCUUUCCAACAUCCAGGCUUUUCUAUUUCUUGGUUCAUCUCAAAGAUGAGAGUUUCUCAAGCAGCCUCCCAAGGCAGUUGCUGCUGAGGUGGGAUGUGUGCUGAGUGCUCCAACAUUAAAGUGAAAGGCAGUUUGAGCACUUAGUGAGGUAGAUUGGAUAACAUAAAAACAAUACCCCAAGCAAACACUGGAGUAGGAUGUAGCAAUCAAUAGGCUUUCUAAGGAGCCUGUAGUUCAUCUGGCCAAGGUGAGCUCAUUUGUGCAUUUUAUUUCAUGCUUGGGCAGUCAGGCUAAAUCCUGUAGAUUGUUCGUACUAUCAGCUUUUAAGUUCCUUGAGAGCUGAUCUAUCAGAUGGAGCUUUUACUUUGCACAGAAUUAGCACUGCUUGUCUUAGAUGUGUUGUUGUUGUUUGUUUAGGUUUUUUCCAAAGGCUGCAUAAUGAUCUGUGCUUGGUAACAGAGACAAGGACUCAGGCCUUUUCAGAAUGUUCCAGAAUCAAAGGAGAAAUUAAAAACUCAGCAGUGAAAAACAGCAUGCCAUGUAGCUUGUAAGGAAAGCACACAAAUACUCCUUACACAAAUAAAUGCUUUACAAAAUCUAGUUACUCUAACUAUCUUGUGAGAAUUUGAUAAAACCAUAUAAACUGUCAGUGCAAUACUUUUUUUAUUAAUCUUAAGUCUCUGUUUAGUUCACUGCAAUCAGAAUUUGUCCAGUGCCUGGGCUGAGAACUCACGUACUGCCACUAUUAGGUAUUUAGGCUCUGAUUUUAAAAAACAGACGUGUGUGUGUGUGUGUGUGUGUGUGUGUGUGUGUGUGUGUUUGUUUGUUUGUGUGUGUGUGUGUACAUGUGUUUCCACCUACAUCUCCUUUGUAGACUCCGUGUGGCAUCCCCAGAUGUCUCUGCUGGCAGCUGCAGCAGGUUGCACCAGACAGGUGACCCGCAUCCAUCUCUCCCUCCCUCUGUUUACAUUGCAUCAUUUCAGCCUACAUUGCAUCAACAGCCUGCAUUGGGGGGGGUGUGUGUGUGAUUGACACCUGGACAAGAUUUAUCUGAGUUAUUUCAAUGUUUUAAGCAUUCAGAGUGGGACACAUGCAAUGGCAGUCAAACCACCCUGUGGACAAGCAGAGGUUGGAAGGUGUCUAUCUACAUCACUGGAAUCGUGUCAGUAAGGUUCAGGAGAGCAGAGCUGAGAGGGCAAAGGAAGGAGUACCACUACACUUCAAGGGCUGUCUUUCUCUCCAAACAGAAGGUGGUGUAGGAUUUAUCAACUGUUUCUCCCAGGGAUUUUUUUUCAGGAAAGCUGAAACUGCUUAAGGGGAAAGGAGGAGCCCCAGGUGCACCAUGGCCCCUUCCUGUAAGCACACCUAGAUUUAGAAAUACUGAAUUACUGAAAAAGUGUCUAUAAACUGCUCUGUUAAUAAGGUCGGGUGUAGCUAAUUAACCAUCAUAGUCACUGCUGUCAUAUUCAAUCUCCUAACAAAGGUAAUUAGCACAGGAAUCAAUCUAAAAACCCCUGCAUCUCCCACCUUCCGGAUGAAAUGUUUUUUAAGAGCAAAUGAUGAACUCUUGCUCCCAUGUAAUUAUUUUCAAAUCAUUAUUCUGUGAUGAGACAAGGCACUGAAAAGCAGCUCAAUGAAACUUUGGUCUUUAAGGCUGUUUCUACAGCAGUUUUCUUGGUUGUCUGUUAAAAUGCAUCAAAGCAGACUAACUGCAGAGUCCAUCAAGAUAUAGGUAAGUAAUGAAUGAUGUUAUCUAACUGGCAGGAUGGGCUGGUUUUUAAUGACUCAAACUUUUAAAUGAGAAAGGAGGCUGAGGCUAAGCAGACUUAGAAAAUUUCAGAUGCUGCUUAAUGGGUAAAGAGGAAAGAAUUAUUCAUUGUGGCUGUCGUUUCUUCUUCUCAGUUAGCAUAGCGGCGAGCUUAAUUUGGCUAUAGAAGUUCAGUCGAGUAGAGCAGCGAAUUGCUGCACAUGGUCCUUCCUUUUCCUCAGAGCGCGGUGGACACGAUGUCCCAGGUUCAAGGCAGGGCAACUCAAUUCUUGCAAUAUUUCGCUGUGGCCACAGGGUGGUGGUGAAGAUCUUACAGAAAACCUCGUUUCUCUGCGGUGCUGAGGGCACGUUCUUUGGUAUGUGCAGAGCAGACGUGUCGCUUCUUUGCCGUGUGGUGACACCCUCCGUCACUGUUUGCAGUCACUUGAACCAACAAGGGUGAAUUAAGGCCAUUUCCUCUAACACAUUAACUCCUGUUACUUUUGGUUUUAUCCUUCACUGUUGAUCAGCGUUCAGGGAGUUGAUGAUAAGCUCAGUUGACUUCCACUAGUCCUUAGCAGCAGUUUCAGUAGCUUCAAGAAGACAUAGUCAUUAAUUGAAUUAUGGCUUUUUCAUAUGAUUCACAAAUAAUAUUUAACUUUGCAGCCCAAUAGCUUUGACUGUUGCUUGAACAACUAGAUAGGGAGCCUGCUAAUGAAACAUGAUAAACUUUGUAAUUCUAUUUAUUUACUUUAAUUCAACCCUGUUACCUCUUUUCCAUAAUCUCCUAAUAAUUGUAAUGCUACAUUCUCAGCAUUUUUAGUUUUAAUUUCCAUAGUUUUUUUUUUCCUAAAUCCAUUGUAAAUUACUUGAUUCAGAAAUUAACUUCAUUACAUAUUUUAGCAGCAUAAUAAUAGUGUGACAUGCCUUCCAUUGCAUAAAUCAACCCAGCUAUCACAUUUGUGUGAUGUAUUUACAAAGGAACAGGGAAAUUAAAGCCUUAUUAAUCCAUUUUAACAUUUUUCUUUCAUGUAACAGUGGUAAUAGGCAAAGUAUGGAGCACUUCAGCUUAAUAUUGGAAUAAAUAGAAAGUUUCCACUUUAAACCUGCUUUAAUUAUUGAACAGCUCUCAAAAUUAAAUCACUGACCUUUGAGAAUUUAGUGACCAAACAAGUGCUUGUCCUCAAGGCACAUAUCAGUGUGUGCAUUCCUUUACAUGAAGCUUUUACAGUCAGUUUAAAGAUGCCCAAGAACACUGCAAGUACCAAGUGAACGAGCCAAAAUCCUAUAACCUAUCUAAAGAAUGAAAAGCUGGAUUGUACUGCUGGCUAUUGUAGUCAGCACAGCAGAAACACAAAACCAGGACGUCUGCACCCAAGGGUUUCCUGGCAUCCCUGGCAAUCCUGGGUACAAUGGCAUACCUGGUCGUGAUGGACGUGAUGGGUCAAAAGGAGACAAGGGAGAUACAGGUGAACCAGGAGUUCCUGGCAGUCCAGGAAAAGAUGGUGUCAAUGGGGAGAAAGGUGAACGAGGAACCAAUGGGACAGUUGAAGAGAAGGGGAACAAAGGAGAUAAAGGAGAAAGAGGACCACCUGGGAAACUGGGACCAAAAGGAUUUAUAGGAUCAGUGGGUUACAAAGGUCAGAAGGGAGAGCUGGGACUGCAAGGACACAAGGGGUUAAAAGGAGACAUUGGACCCAUAGGUCCAAAAGGGACAAAAGGUGAAAUUGGCCAUCCUGGAAGAGUUGGUUUCCCAGGGCCGAUUGGCCCGAUUGGUAAUCCAGGUCCUAAAGGUAAUAUUGGAGGUAUAGGGCCACAGGGUAAUCCAGGAAUUCAGGGGGAAAGAGGCUUGAAAGGAGACAGAGGAGACAAGGGGAAUGUAGGUGCCCCAGGAGUCCUGCCAAGGAGUGCUUUCAGUGUUGGCCUUACAGCCAACACCAAGUUUCCCCCUCCAAAUCGCCCGAUCAAGUUUGACAAGGUGCUGUACAACAGUCUGAAUGACUUCAACUCAGCUACUGGCAAGUUCACCUGCAGACACCCCGGUGUUUACUAUUUCACCUACCACAUCACUGUCUACUCAAGGAACGUGCGAGUAGCUCUCGUUAAGAACGGCAUCAAGAUGCUGCACACGGUGGACAGGUACCAGAGUGGAGAGGACCAGGCCUCGGGAGCCACCAUCCUUGAGCUGCAGGGAGGAGACGAGGUGUGGCUGCAGGCCCACCAAGGAGAGGCUUUCAAUGGGCUGUUUGCAGACGGCGAUGACGACACCACCUUCUCUGGGUUCAUCCUGUUCAGCACCGCUGACCCACUGGAGCCACUGCUGCCGCCCACCCCAUAAUCCCACGUUAUCCCUGAAUGCUGCAUGCCCAUGCCCUUCAGCCCCUCCUAAGAAAGCUGUUAAUCUGCCGGACAAUUUCUACUGGAUUCAACAGAAAAUGGUUGGCUUCAGGAAAAAGCUUCUGCACAAGAGAGGACAAGCCUUCAGAAUCUACAGUGCUGGGCUUAACACAUUAGUGGUUUGGUGACUUACUGUCACAGGGGUGUGUGCCCUAGUUCUGACAAACGAAUUUUAAAGCAAAGUGGGAUGAAAUAAAAGACAAAAGUUCCAGAAUUAUGUUGUGUGGGACAUCUUGUAUAAACAAGAAGCAACAUUUGCUUCCAAGCUGGUUUGUAUCUUCCAAUAUGGCACGUAUAGAAGAGCUUGAAACUUGGUUAGUUUGCAUCCAACCACUUUAAAAUAAUUUUUAAACUUGAAAUAAAUGUAAUUUGAUACAUCUCCAGAAGCUGCUUGCUGUGUGAUGUAAGCAAGUUUCAUUGUUUCAUUUACACCUUUUAAAUAUAGUUCUUUGCUCUCUGUGUAGUCACAGGUCUGAAAUUGAGCAAAAUUGAGCGAUAGGACAAAGUGUCAUGUGGAUUCUCUGAUGGGGGCAGAUCUUCAAGGCCAGUGCAAAAAUACAGCACAAAGCUGCAAUACUUCAGCAUUAGCUGGUGCAAAACAAAUUCUCCCAGAUUAAAGAUAAUAUUUAAUCAACAUGGAAGCAGCCAUGCCAGAGAACUGAUCAAGAGAAAUUUCCAUGCCGUAAAACAUUAAUUCUGUCAUUUUUUUCCUCGAAUUUUUUUUCUUCCCCCCGUCCCCCUUUUCUUCUAAAACUCAAAAAUAUUUAAAAAAAAAAAAAAGUUGGAAAGUCUCAUUCCCUUCUCUUAGAAGAGAAUAAAGUAGGGAUGCCAAUGGAGAUGGGUGAGCAUCACGAAAUUCAGUGCAAAUGCGGUGCUGUGAGCACAAGGCCUGGCUUUCCCUCAGCACCUCAGGGUGCCAGAGGAAUGUGGGCU